AUGAAGUUCGAGACUCUUGCCGCCGAUAUCGAUUUGAAUGAGAAUUUCAAGACAAAGGCAUCGAAAGCCGUCCGUCUGUUCAUGGCUGGUGACCAGAUUCGUCGAUUAUUCAAACAACUUCAUAGACAUCUGAUUCGGCCAUUGGGUGAUGAUUUGAUGAAAGAGACGAUCAGAAUUCUGGAUGAUGAGAUUUCGAAGCUUGAAGAGAGCGAUGAAAAGUCUCUAUUAAAAACGGUUCAACGCAAGCUAGACUGUCUGAUGCACUUUAUCACCGACUCGUGGGCCGAUUUGGAUGAAUAA